AGUUGCAUCGCGUGAAGCAAUCAGCUCUAAACAGUCAUCCUAUCCGAAAAAGUUACAGGCUGCAAGAUAGUGUUUGCGAUUCGGAAAGGAGACAUCCUACGCAUGAAAACAACGGAACAGUAUUCGGAAUCGGCUGAGACGUGAAUACGAAGAAAAUCGAGCUCGCGUUCGGAAAAUGACUGUGUAGGGCUGUCAAACAUUAUCGACCGAUAGUCUGGAUAAAAGUGUUGUUAUAAUAAACUUAAAAUCCAAUUCUUCUAAAGUUCGUCAAUCUAUCAAGAAUGGUAUAACCAUAAGGGCAAUUUUCAGGUGGUCGCAUAAGGUGGAACGCAAAAACUAAGCGAAGUAAUGCAAAAGUUUCGACAGGCAACCUCCUAAGUGACGGAAUUGACCCAUCGAUGGUCGAAGAAGUGAUGUGCGCGUGAAGAGAAUUUCUAAUGCGGCAGCGGUGUUUGUCGCAGAAAGAUAUGGAUCUAGUACUAACCAAGGGGAAUGUGCCAUCCAUUAUUGUUGUGAAUCACUUCGUUUAUUGAUCUGUUGUUUGGCUAAAUUGGCCAGCCCGCCUAGGAGCGGUGGGCAAAGAGAGUCGAAAAUUGCAGUGCUACUAAAGGCUAAACUAGUGUGUAUAAAAAUUGUCACAAUUGGCGAGGUUACAAAGCACUCUUAAUGUGUAUCAUCAUCCGAUUCGAAGGCAAAGUGUAGGAAAAUUUCUUGAAACAUCGCUGUGAGUGAGUGAACAACUGGGUGCGAAUUAGCAUAAAAUUUACAGAGUUGCCGCAACGAAAAAUCACAGAAUAAUAAGUGAAUUGUACACCUAGCGUUGGGUUGGACUAUAUCUAUGGUGUUGUUUAUGUUUGCAAAUCUACCAAAUAGUCACCAGUAGCGCGACGCAUACAGCGGUGUUGCUGAUGUUGUGUAAGAGUGUUGCGAACCGUGUUUAUGCUUUUAUCGCUGCUUUAAUGCUAUCACAAACAAGACCAUCGACGAAGAAGCUGUGCGCCGAUGACUGCGACGGUGGUGACUACGAACGAGCGAUCGAUAUCAAUUAAAUGGCCGGUUGAAUCAAGAUGCUACUUCUCGGAAGCGGAACAAACAGUCGUUAACAAACCGAUCCUAUAGGCGCCGUUCCACAUAGUGGCGACGUCAAGUGGGUCAACGAAGGCUACUGCGACACCCAACGACGACCGACGUCGCCGGCAACCCGACAUUUCCGUCCCGGAAGUGGCGACAAGUGGCUACCGCCCACCAUCCUGGUCGGAGUAGCAUCAUCAUCUGGUAAUAUCUGGUUCUUACACUUGGACAACGUGUUCCUUUUCUGUACCCGGUUGUGGAUUACACCAUGUCCCCAAGUGGUACAGCAGCUGGACGACGCCAUACGCCGCAACGGCCCCCAACUGUCACAAGGGUGACGAUAUUAAGUGCGGUGGUGCAAACUAGGAAUUAGCCCUGCAUCUCGUUACCGGAAGCAGUAGGACGUGUACAUCUCAAAUCGUGGUCCAAAUCUCACUUUUUGCUGUCAGUGAAACAGGAAGCCCGUUCACGAGAGGGGAAGGACGAAUAAAGGGCUUCACAAUAUCACGGAAACCGCAGUUCAAUAGCGAAACCGUGUAGCUUUUUGGACUGGUUGUAGAAUGAGAGGUCGACGAAUUCCGAUCGCAUUGCCAAACACAGGUGCCCUGUCACGUAGACGUCAUACGCUUUACAUCCGUUCUGCGAUCAUUGUGUUUAUUCUUUUCGCAUUCCUGCAAUUCCACGUGAUAAACUAUGACUCCAACGAGUCGGGACCGGCGGAUACAGCCAACUAUUCGACGGCAGCGAUCUUGCAGAUGGUGCCACCGGUUUUCCAUAAAUAUCUGACAUCAAAGAGCCGAAAUGGAACAGUCGGACAAAAUGGCACCCACGCCGGGCUGGGUGACAGCGCACAGCGGUCGGCCAACAUCAGCGAAAUCCUCCGCAUGAUAAACCGCUACAACGAACUGCAGACGAUCCUAAACGAGGACAUCUUCGGUCCGCUACAAAAUGAUUCUGUGAUAAUAGUAGUGCAGGUACAUAAAAGGAUAACCUAUUUACGCCAUUUAAUCGUAAGCCUGGCCCAGGCGAGGGACAUCGCGCGCACGCUGCUGGUCUUCUCGCAUGACCACUUCGACGACGACAUCAACGAUCUGGUGCAGAGCAUAGACUUCUGCAAGGUUAUGCAGAUCUUCUAUCCCUUCUCGAUACAAACUCAUCCGAGUGAGUUUCCCGGUGCGGACCCUGGCGACUGCCCCAGGGAUAUCAAGAAGGAACAAGCGCUAUUGCGAAAAUGUAAUAAUGCGUUGCAUCCAGAUCUUUACGGUCACUAUCGGGAGGCCAAAUUCACUCAAACCAAACACCACUGGUGGUGGAAAGCGAACCGCGUGUUCGAUCAGCUAGAAACUACCAAAUACCACACGGGUCUGGUGGUCUUCCUAGAAGAGGACCACUACGUUGCGGAGGAUUUCCUUCACAUCCUGGAGCUGAUGCAGCUCAAAUCGAACGAGCUGUGUCCCAAAUGUAACAUCCUAUCGUUGGGGACGUAUCUCAAAACGUUCAACUACUAUACCUACAACAAGAAGCAACAAAAGCAACUGCAGCAACAGCAGCAACAACUGCAACAGCAAAUACAGCGCCAGCAGCAAGCCACUAGUAGUGGUGGCGGCGGUGGACAGUCCACCACCGAAAAGUACGCAUCCCAGUCCCAGUGGGGCUACCAAGUGUUGCCAACACUCUACUCGAUCUACCAGAAGGUGGAAGUGACGCCAUGGAUCAGCAGUAAGCACAACAUGGGUAUGGCGUUCAACCGGUCCACGUGGCACGAGAUAACGCGGUGUGCGCGGCAUUUCUGCGAGUACGACGACUACAACUGGGACUGGUCGCUGCAGCACGUGUCACAGCAGUGCUUGAAGCAGAAGCUACACGUGAUGGUCGUGAAAGGCCCCCGGGUCUUCCACAUCGGUGAAUGUGGGGUCCACCACAAGAAGAGCAACUGCGAAUCAAACCAGGUGAUCUCCAAAGUGCAGCAAGUGCUGCGGGUAGCACGCCGCUCUGGGCAGCUCUAUCCAAAGUCCAUCUCGCUGACGGUGGCCAGCGUUAUCAAGAAGACCAAACUUCGUAAAGGCAAUGGCGGCUGGGGUGACCAGCGGGAUCACCAGCUGUGCUUCAACAUCACCCUAAUUGGGCGGUAAUCCAGAGAGUCGCCGCCGUAUCAGAAUGUACUCAAGUAUCGUGAAGGGUCAUUUUUACUGAGAACCUAGCUAGACUGAGAUAAGGAAGACUCGCAUGAACGUAUUUUUGAAUUGCGCACCAGCAGGCUUCGGAAUUCUCACUCAUAUGAAUAAAAAUCUGCGAUUAAUCCAUUAAGCGGAGUAUGAUUUUUCAUAGUCCCCUGUGAGGAAGUAUUCUUACACAACAUUUUUAUCCGGAUAGAAUGGAGGGUGAUAAAUUCGUGAGCGCCGGAUCGCCGGAUAAUUUAAUUUUAAUCCACAAAUUUUCCUUAUCGUCACCUCACCAGAUAAAUUUUACAAGCAUAUUUACAAAAAUUUAGGACCGCAACGGGAUUAGAACCCAAAACAAUUUUAAAAUGUUCAGAACGACCACUAAAACCACACCGCCACAUGAAUUGAUUGAAAGCGAGGGGAAAACCUGCUGUAUUGAACCUUCUGCUUAUCGUGGCGCAUCAUCAGAUUCAAACAGCUUGGAGAGGCAAAGUAAGCUGCAUUUGAUUUUCGCGAAGCAUGGGAAGGAGGAUAACAAUUUUUCGCACCAUCGCUUGUGCCGGAGUUUAUCGCACUGUAAUUUAUCCAGAUAAAAUGCAUGGUGGAGUGAUCAGUUGUCGCGUGAGUGAGUGAGAAAUCCGAACCCUGCGCACCAGUAAGAGACACAACAAAAACACAGACACACGUCACGUCCUAUUUUAUGUUUUUAGAUUAUAUUAGGUGUAAACAUGUGACUAGGAAACCAAAAGAUGAUGUAGUGGGCAUCGCAAACAAAUGUGCACGAAUGAAAUGCAAAAGAAAAGUUUGGCGAAUUGAAUGUACCUACGAGACAAAGAAGAUUAUAAAAAGUUGGUUUUAUAUGAAACGUGAAUACUAAGAAAUAGAUUGUGGCUGUAUAGUGAUGAAUGUUUAUAAAUAUUAAUAUUUUGUAGGAAAAUAAUUUAAUUUUAUUGUCCAAAGCUCCUCCUUUGCUAUUGAAACAUUUCAGAAAAUGCAAUUUACGCUAGAAUUAUCACAUUGAUUGAAAAAGAAACACUGCAAAAUGAAAGUUAUAUUAGGCAUGUCUCUGUAUUUAUUCGCAACCAUAUGCUUCAUUAUGUUGAAGGUAAAAGUGCUAAAUUUAGCGUAAAUUGACUUGUUAUUUAUUAAAACUUCCAUCCGACUUUUUCUUAGUUUCAUAGUUAUUCAAUUUAUAGUUAUGCAUGUUUAAUUUAUGUUUGUCACAAUAGAGCAACUUUAAAUCACAAAAGGCAUUUUUUCAUUAAGUUUGUCCCUUUUGUUAUGACGAAAACAAAAUGAUCCCUCCCGAAAAAUAGAACCACCAAUGAUUUACUUUAACUUUUCUCAACCAAUAUUUAAUAAAGAUAAGAAAAACGAACGGCCGGUGUUUGUCAACGAAAUAGUAUGUCUUAACGAUGAGAAUCAAAAACAAGUUACCACUAAUUGAUCGUGAAUGUCACAAUAAUGUUUUACAAUAAAAGAUCAACCCCAUACCUAUAUAAUAGAGAACCAGUAAAAGUGCAAAAGCCUAAUUGAAGAAAAAAUAGAAAUAGAUACAAAAUCUACAAUAACGAUUGCGACAGUUGAAAUACGCACACAUGCCAACACAAGCAUCGCAGAUCGCCAGCCGUAAACAGUUAGACAAGUUUCACAAACUAGUUUGCUUAAAAUUGAAUUCCCAACUGCAACGACUGGCAUUCUGUACGUCCAUCAACACUUCAACGUUUACGAUUUUUUGUUAAGUUAUAUAAAAUAUGUCAUCUAGUCACAUAUUAGGUACAUAUAGAUCAGACCAACCAAGUUGCUGUUGCAUUUUGUUAAGUUGUUUAAAACAAUCUGUUUUCAUUUUAUUGUUAUCACAUUUUAAUAUAAAAAAAUAACGUCUCGACCUAACAAACAUAUGUUCAUACAAUCCACGGAGAACAAUAAUUUCGUCUUGGUUCAUAUUUUUAUCAAAAACUAUAAGGAAAACGAGUGUGAGUAUUGUAAACUAGAAAAUGCCCUCAAUGGUCCAACUUGCCGUCAGAAUGCAACCAGGUGUCGGAAAAAUAAUUCGAAGCCGGCAAAUGGCUUGCAAACUAGGAGCGAAAGGAUAAAGAUAAAAGACAUGUACGUCACUUUUAGAAUCGAAAUCAGUAAAAAAAAGAAGGGAACUUAUGAAACGAUCAAUCGA